AUGUGGUUGGCUGUGGUCCAUCUGCUGCUGGUGACCGAAGCCCUAGCGUUUAACAUCAGCAACUUGAUCUCACCAUUCAGCGAUGUGGUCCAAGUUCGCUACCCAUCUCGCAAAUCACAUGUGCGUCGUCAGCGCGCCAUACCCUCGUCCGUGCCGUUCCCUUGCGAGGACGCGCUCUCCUGGGGCCGUAGUCCUCAGCGGCCUACCUCAGUGCAUCGGUUAAGGCCGGGAGACAUUGAUGUGGUGGCCGCCAUCGGGGACUCCUUGGUCGCUGGCAGUGGAGCGCUUGAAGAGUUCGCGUUAGGAGCAUUUGUGGAGUAUAGGGGUGUUUCCUGGUGUGCAGGCGGUGAUGCGACAUGGCGGGAGUAUCUAACAUUACCAAAUAUCCUGAAGGAGUUCAACCCCAACCUGAAGGGGUUCUCCACGGGUACCGGCGAGUGGCUCAACAAGAACGCCAAGUUCAACGUCGCCUUCCCCGUGGCUUCCGACGAGGACGCCUUGAAACAAGCUAAGAUCCUGGUAGCUCGAAUGCGGUCAUCACCAGAAAUCGACAUGGAGAACGAUUGGAAGAUGGUGACGGUGUUCAUAGGAGCCAAUGAUCUGUGCUCGGCGUCCUGUCUCAAUCCUGUCUCCUGGUCUCCCGCCGCGCAUGCCAAGAAGCUGGCUAUAGCAUUGGACUAUCUACACAAACAUCUGCCUAGGACUAUCGUUAACUUGGUACCAGUAUUAGAUGUAUCAGUAUCGAUCCGCGUGCUCCGUCCGAUGAUGUGUCGCCUGAUGCACUCGUUGUUCUGCACGUGCUUCCACCAGGGAGGCAAUGAGUUCUACGACCUCGUGCGCAUGGCCAGGCUCUACCAGAAGGCAGAGACGGCGCUGGUGGAGAGCGGGCGGUACUGGUCGGACGAGCAGUUCUCGGUGGUGGUGCAGCCGUUCAUGCGGCUGUUCAACGCGCCGCUGCCGCCGCCCGCGCCGCUGCCGCUCGUCAUCCACCAGUCAUACAUCACGCACGACUGCUUCCACUUCUCGCAGAAAGGACAUGCUCUCGCGGCGAACCUCCUGUGGAACAACCUCCUAGAGCCAGUGGGCAACAAGUCCGACAACGUGCCUCCGAUCCUCCUCCGUUCCUUCCGCUGUCCCUCCCGGAAUGCUCCAUACUUCUUCACCAGCAAGAACUCCCGCUCCUACCUCCUCACUGGCAAGCAGGACGGAGCUGACGAUGUCUUCUUAUGA